AUGGAUCACACGCCCGGCAAAUUUUGCUACAAGGGUAUAGGCCCCUUCCGCCGGGAACGCGCCAUCCUGCUCCAAGCGAUACACGAUGAAAGGGAUCCCGCUCGCGCUCAUGAGCUGAAGGCCGAGUUCUUCUCUCUAAAAGACAAAUCGAAUUAUCAAAUCCGUCUGCCUCUCCACUGCAAUUAUGGCUACAACAUACAUGUUGGAGCUGGCGCUUCGAUCAGUCCCAAGGCAACAAUUCUUGAUGAUGCAAAGGUCAGCAUUGGUCGUGACACAUUGCUAGCUCCUGAUGUCAAGAUAUACACCACAACACACGCUUUACACCCUGAUGAGAGGUUACAUGACACCAAGGCCUGCAUGGAAUAUCGAUGGCCCGUUACCAUUGGGGACAAUUGCUGGAUUGGAGGUGGUGCUACCAUCUGCCCAGGUGUCACCAUUGGCAAUGGAGUCACGGUGGCUGCAGGAGCCGUAGUGACCAAAGAUGUCGAACAUCGAUGCCUGGUUGCAGGAAUGCCGGCCAGGGUGAUCAGAAGAUGGUAGCAGAGGCUGAGCCAGGCUGUUGUACUGAGCA